GUUUCACUGAGGUGAAAGGGCCACUGCAGGUAUGACCGUCGUGAACGAGUGGCUGAGUGGCACACGGCUGGGCGGCUGGAUCCAGCGCUGCCGCGAGUCCCGCCGCCUCGUAUUGGUCAUCGUCGCCAUAGCCCUGUUACUGGACAACAUGUUGCUCACCAUCGUUGUUCCAAUAAUUCCGGAGUUCUUGUAUGACAUCAAUCAUCCCGAAGCUCCUUUGGAUGGAGUGCCGCGAAUAACAACAACUACUGCUGCGCCAACUAAAGAACCACCUUGCGAGAAGUAUAUCAGGUUAUUAAGUAAACAAGAUCCUGAAUUUAAUGCAUCAUUGUAUGCUACUACUACUAGUACAUAUGAAAACCUAACCCAGUUGGAAUUAUCCGAAAAAGAACAAAAACACAAAUAUCUAGUUCAAGAAACUGUUGAAGUGGGCAUGCUGUUUGCCUCGAAGGCAUUCGUGCAGUUAGUGACUAACCCUUUCGUGGGACCAUUAACGCACAAAAUUGGCUACAGCGUGCCCAUGUUUGCUGGCUUCGUCAUUAUGUUUCUUUCAACAAUAAUUUUCGCGUUUGGAAGAAGUUAUAGCGUUCUAUUCAUUGCUCGCGCUCUUCAAGGUAUCGGAUCGUCCUGUUCCAGCGUGUCCGGAAUGGGCAUGUUGGCCGAAAGAUAUCCAGACGAUAAAGAACGAGGAAAUGCCAUGGGCAUAGCCUUGGGCGGACUUGCCCUCGGGGUGCUCAUAGGGCCUCCCUUUGGGGGCCUCAUGUACGAAUUUGUUGGAAAAUCGGCGCCUUUCUUGGUUCUUGCUGCGUUGGCCCUCGGAGAUGGACUACUACAACUGCUUAUGCUUCAACCGUCCGUCACGAUCCAGGAAUCAGAUCCACCAUCCUUAAGAUCACUAAUAACUGACCCCUAUAUAGUAAUUGCUGCAGGCGCAAUCAUAUUUGCAAACAUGGGUAUCGCAAUGCUGGAACCCUCACUUCCUAUCUGGAUGAUGGAUACAAUGGGUGCCGGAAGAUGGAAACAAGGAGUAACCUUCCUCCCGGCGAGCAUUUCGUAUUUAAUUGGUACGAACUUAUUCGGUCCAUUAGGACACAAAAUGGGUCGCUGGUUGGCAGCCCUUUUGGGAUUGAUCAUCAUAGGAAUAUGCUUGAUGUGUAUUCCAUUGGCCACCAGCAUGAAUCACUUGAUUGUACCAAACGCUGGUCUUGGUUUCGCGAUUGGCAUGGUAGACUCUUCCAUGAUGCCAGAACUGGGCUAUCUCGUUGACAUUCGACAUUCAGCUGUUUACGGAAGUGUUUAUGCCAUUGGUGAUGUAGCAUUUUGUCUUGGAUUCGCCAUAGGUCCGGCACUGAGUGGAACGCUUAUUAAAAAUAUUGGAUUCGAAUGGAUGCUGUUUGGAAUAGCCAUCCUCGAUUUUAUUUAUGCUCCGCUGUUGUACAGUCUGAAAAGUCCACCCACCAAAGAAGAGAAAAAGUCGUUGAUAACAGGCGAAAAUUCAUCAGUGAGGUACGUCACAUACCAAAACGAAGAUGAGGAUGAAUAAACAGAAUUUAUGAGAAGAGGAUAUUAGUGUAAAGAAGUUGUACAGAAAUACACUAAAAAUAUAAUAGUUGAUCUAUUCUUAUAAAUGUCUAUUUUUAAUUCUCUAGUUCAACAUUUAAAAGAUUAUAUCAAUUAAAGAUUUAGUAUGUACAAAGAAAGGUAUCCAACCAGCGCGAUCAAAAAAUGUGUUUUAGUUCAAUUAUCUAUUAUAUAUGUGUCUCGAAUAUUGUAAAUUUAGCAUCUUAUGGUCAUGAAAACUAUCUAUCUAUUCAAAAAAAGGUUCAAGCUCUCUUGAUAUUUAUAUUUGAUGGAAGUGCGCUGUUAGAAUGUCUAAAUUGUAUUUUUAGGGGCCCUCGUAAGAGAUCUACGUGAAUGGCUGCACGAGAUCCAACCUAAACAGUCUAGGGCGAGGCAAUAAGAGUCCCCUAAACCUUUUCGGUCAAAUAACUAAUAGAAUAAAAUAUGUUAAGAAUAUGCGCUUCCAUCUAUACCCAAAAAUGAUUGCCCUAUUUAUUUAGUGGACAUAAAUAUGACAGUGUAUAUCGAUGUCUAUUUACGUGUAGGUUAUUAAGUGUAUUUUAGCAACUAAAACUGAGACAAAAUCAUUCAAAGAGAAUUGCUGAGCCAAUCAAAAAAGAAAUUGCUAUUUAUGGGGAUUGCUGGAAAUGAGAAUCUUAACGGAGCUAUUUGUUUUUGAAGACACAGUUCACAAAUAUAUCGGUUUGUUCGCUUAAAAUGGACUUAUGAAAUGGGAAAGUUAAUAUUAUGUAUAUUGGUGUGAACUACGAGUUUUCGUAAACCAGCUCCGUCACUCUAAAUAAUUCAAUAAAGGGACCUAAUGUAUUAAAAAGAAGCUUACGAAACCUAUUUAUUAUUAUAUUUAUAUACGAAAAAUGUUUCUGCUAAAGUUUUUUGUAUGAGCAACCGCAAAUAAAAUGUUUUAACUUCACCGGGAGAGAUGCAUAAAAUCUCCUUAGAAGGUUAUUGUGAAGUGACAAUAAACGACAAAAUCCUGACCAACAAGUAUAAUUUGAUGUUUAUAAGAUUUUAAGCUGGUAAGGGUCCGAAAUACAGGGCAUAAUCGUAGAGAAAUACGCGAUUUUUGCUGCUUAAAAAAUAUUUAACUUAGUGACUAACAAAACCUUGUUAGAAAUUGAUGUUAUAGUGCAUGUUUGUUGAUAUAAAUAACAAAGUUUAUCUUAUUAAUCAAAAUGUAGAAAAAAUGGCUAAGUACUAUAGAAUAUACAUUAAUGUUUGAUGUUUGACAUAACUAUGAUAUAAUAUUAAAAUAAACCUAUAAAA